AUGGUACUAACGGCGGCGGAAAAGCGUGCUGCUCGUCGUGCUCGCGUAUUACAGAGCAGCGACAUUCGUUUAAAAAUGUUAAAAGGCCAAGUUACUUCGCUUAAAACACCACAAUCAUCUGAUGAGACAAUAGAGCUGGAACAGCAACUGAACGAGGGUGUGGACGAGCUUUUGGCAUCUGCGUCGGUGCCUGCCGACUCGCUGACGGAGCCGAAAAUCUCACUCCGUGUUGAUCCAGCGCAGCGCAGACGGCAAGCGGCGACUAGACGCCGUCGUAACGAGCAAUUGGUGCAAGACUUGCUGGAUAAUGAGACGACAGCUGAUGAGGAAUCGCAUAUGGACCAGCAAAAGCCUCAGCUAUCGCCAAACACUCUAAAGGCGACUAUUCCUGUAACUAAUACGACGAUGAGUCGCCACUCGAUAGCGUUAAAGCUUCAUUUAUUGGCAGAAAGGCUGAUUUUAGUCAUGAUUGUGGCGGGCGCAAUCUACUCAGCUGUGUGUAUGGACUUCCAAUCCAUUAUAGCGAGCUGGGCUGCUGAGGACGAGGCUUUUGUGAAUCAUCAAGAGCUAGUUUCCAAGGGUGUAUCUAUUGAUUCAAUUCGACAACAUUUAGAGCGCGAGUGGGUGGAGCCAGAGAUGAGGCAGAAAUUGAAACAUUUAAUGACACAACGCUUGGAAAUGGAUGCAAUGAGUGAAUCAAAAAGCAGUUCAGGAUGGCUGCCGGAUGUGGCAGAUUUAGAAUUUUUCCUGUCAUCUCUCGUAACUCAUCCCCCCAUUGUGCUGUGGGUACUACUGGUGAGAGUUUUGGUCUCUAUGAGUGCGAUGGCGCUACAUAAGGCAAUGAAACUGCCGGAUGUAAAGAACUCGGACGAAAACGGGCUUGGCUUUCUGGUUAAUACUGUGCUCUCAAGUCAACCCGUCGUGAAAGGUGCGUUUGGUGUUUAA